AUGUUCGCGUCGAAAUUUGCAGUUGCCUCGCUCUCGCGAGGUGCUCUUUUCCCUACAUGCCGUCGGUCAUGGCUUCCCUCUGCGCUGAUCUCCAGGAGAGGAUACGCAGAGGUUUAUAACCGUGCGAAGCCCCACAUGAACAUUGGCACAAUUGGCCAUGUCGACCACGGAAAAACAACCCUCACCGCCGCCAUCACCAAGAUUUUGUCUGAACAAGGCGGUGCGAAGUUCACAGACUACGCUCAAAUCGACCGGGCUCCAGAAGAAAAGGCGCGAGGAAUUACAAUUAAUUCGUCUCACGUCGAAUACGAGACGGAGACCCGUCACUACGGCCACAUUGACUGUCCAGGCCAUGCUGACUACAUUAAAAACAUGAUUACCGGUGCGGCACAAAUGGACGGUGCUAUCAUCGUUGUUUCUGCGACUGAUGGCCAAAUGCCUCAGACGCGAGAACAUCUCCUGCUCGCUCGCCAAGUCGGGAUCAAGCGACUCGUCGUCUUCAUUAACAAAGUGGACAUGAUUUCGGACCCGGAAAUGCUCGAACUGGUGGACAUGGAAAUGCGCGACUUGCUGACUCAAUACAACUUUGACGGUGAAAAUACGCCCAUUGUCAUGGGCUCUGCUCUUGCUGCUCUUGAGGGCCGUGACGAUGCUACUGGCGCCAGCAAAAUCAAGGAGCUCGUUGCAGCUUGCGAUGCUUGGCUUGAACUACCUCCCCGUGAUCUCGAGAAACCCUUCUGUCUACCAGUCGAAGAUGUUUUCUCUAUCUCUGGCCGUGGCACUGUCGCCACUGGACGGGUUGAACGAGGAGUUGCUAGCAAAGGCACUGAAGUUGAAAUUAUCGGGCUUGGUGACAAAAUCAAGACUACUCUUACUGGCAUCGAGAUGUUCCACAAAGAGCUCGACCGGGCAGAGGCUGGAGACAAUCUUGGUGUACUCCUUCGUGGUCUCAAACGUGAACAACUCUCCCGAGGACACCUCAUCAUUGCCCCGGGCUCUAUGAAAGCAGUCAAGAAGUUCCAGGCCCAAGUCUACGUUCUGACCAAGGAUGAAGGUGGCCGAUACACUCCUUUCAUGGCCAACUACCGUCCCCAGCUGUUCAUGCGGACCGCCGAUGUGACUGUUGGUCUCACCUUCCCCCCAGGAACUGAGAACGCCGAAGAGAAAAUGGUUAUGCCUGGCGACAAUGUCGAGCUCAUUUGCGAUCUCGGCUUUGAUCUUGGAUGUGAAGUUGGCACCCGGUUUACCCUCCGCGAAGGAGGCAAGACGAUUGGCACGGGAAUCGUUACCAAAAUUUUAGAAACUGUCUGA